ACAGAUUGUUGUUCACAUGUUCUCAUCUUAUUGCAAAGUGUUAUCAAUCCCAUUCCCACUGUCCUUCUGAUUCUUGUGUCGCGCAGCUAUGAUUAACUGCAACAUAUAUGAACGCAUAUUCAAGCGUUUUGAUGAAGACGGUGACGGCAAACUCUCUCCUUCAGAGCUUCGACGCUGCGUGGGGACGAUAGGGGAGGAGCUGCUCAUGGAGGAGGCGCAGGAGGUGGUGGAGUCGGUGGACUCGAACGGAGAUGGGCUGCUGGGAUUGGAGGAAUUUGUGGGGUGGAUGGAGAGGGAGGGUGAAGAGAGAAAGAUGGAGGAGUUGAGAGAGGCUUUUAGGAUGUAUGAGAUGGAAGGGAGUGAGUGUAUUACUCCAAAGAGCUUGAAGAGGAUGCUGAGUAGAUUGGGGGAGUCGAGAAGUGUGGAAGACUGCAGUGUCAUGAUCAGACAGUUUGAUGUAAACGGCGAUGGCGUUCUUAGCUUUGAUGAAUUCAAGCUCAUGAUGCUGUGAUCGAUCGAUUCUUCCCGAGUCUGAAAGUGAAUAUGAUAUUCUUUAUAAGUUCAACAAAAGUAUAUUGUAAACCAAGAUUCUUUCUACAAAUAGAAUACGAUGCCCAUUUAUUCAUUUUAUGCGAAGUUAACGAGUCUCUAUGCUUGCUAGGGAGGCUCUCUAUGAAGGGUGAUUGGAGAACGUACCUUGCUCUAUUCUGGAUUUUCUUACUUCAAGGGAUCGUGCUCUAAAGGCUUUCUUUUCGGUCAACAAUAUGAUAUAUUAUUUUUUAUUUGAGAUGAA